GAUAUGAAGUAGUUAAGUUUGUAGAGAGUAAGAUGAGGAUAAACAUGUUUUUCGGUUGGUAAUUGUAUGAUAUCCAAUAGUGAUAAUAGUCAAUUAGUGAUUAUAAGAAAGGGUUCUCUACUCUUCCUCAUCGAAUCAUUUCAUUCCCACUACAACAUUCCAGAGAAAAUCUAAAUUAUAACUCAAAAACAGUUACAAAGUUUCGAAAAUGGGAGACUCUGCUGAAAAAGUACAUGAAGAGAAAGUUGAAGUUGAGAAAGAACAUAAAGAAAAAGAAGAGAAACAUGAGAAAAUACUAGAAGAGAAGAAAGAGAAACAUGAGAAAGUAGAAGAGAAGAAAGAGAAACACGAGGAAGGAGAAGAGAAGAAGAAGAAAGAUAAGAAGGAGAAGAAGAAAAAGAAUCCUGAAGACAACAAGGAUGGCGCCAAACUCAAACAAAAGCUCGAAAAGAUCGAAACUAAGAUUCAGGCCUUGGUGGCCAAGAAGGAAGAGAUUUUGAAACUGAUCAAAGAAGCUGAUCAAGUAACCCCAUCAACAACAAGUUAACUUCAGGAAACUUGGUCUGACUUUUGACCCCUCUUGAGAAAAUAUUCAGCUGAUUAUACAAAUAAGUGACCAAAGGUUCCAAAGCCCUUGUGUCUAGCUAAAUUGUGUUAACAUUAUGACUUUGUAACUAGUUUGUUAAACAAAGUCAUCUAUAGUAAUACCCAAUAGUAGUUACAUUACAUCUCUUGUAGAUUCCAGAUUCAAUACCGUACCAUUAAGAGAAUUGACUAUUAUUUAUUACCACAUUAAUGAAGUUUUACUCAAUGAUUAUGACUUAA